GGAUUAAUGUUGAAGUAAAGAAAGAACCUGGUGCUGGUGGUGACCCGCAUAUUCAAAAUGCAGCUUAUUACAAACAAUAUCUCAUCCAAAACCAGGAUUUUGCCAAGACGACCAGGCUCCCUUGUUUUCUCAUUCAAGUCUAUGGGCCAGAAUUGAAUAUAUCAACAGUCAUACUCAGCAACAAGAUUACCAUCGAUCCAUAUCAUUUCACCCUUUCCUUAGCCUGCUCAUCUGAUUGGUUGAAGGACUUUGCUCAUAUCUUCAAUGCCCUUGUUUUCGUUGUUGAGAUGCUUGAACAUCUACAGGGUCUGCCACAAAGACUGUUUGUCAAAUUCACUAAACAAUACCCCAAAGAUAUCCACCAAGCAUGUGCAGAUGCUGAUAUUGCACCCACACUCUACGGUUUUGAAAAACUACCAGGCGGAUGGUUCAUGGUGGUCAUGGCUCAUAUGACUGGGUUUUAUGCUCUGUCAGAUAGUAAUAGCUCUAUUACUGCACAUAUUAGUGAGGAACUGUGGAAUGUGUUGAGGAAGUUACAUAACCUUGGGUAUGUGCAUGGUGAUUUACGAAAAGAGAACAUUUUGGUCUGCAAAGAAGAUGCAAAGGCAAACGUUGUUUUUAUUGAUUGGGAUUGGGCUGGUGUAGCUGGGGAAGUUUGUUAUCCUAUAUCAAUCAACCCUGCAAUCUAUCGGCAUCCUACUGCAAAAGCUCUACAACCCAUCCUUAUGGAGCAUGAUGAAUAUAUGCUCAAAAAUAUUUGUCUUACUCAUAAUGUUGUGGAUGAAAGCUUAGACCAGUAA